CUUUGUUGCUGCUUUGCUAGAAAGGUGACUAUGCCAAGAAGACAGGAGGUAUUGAGCACGCCUUGCGUAUACCCAGUCACCUUUCUCUCUUCGUGACCGUAGCAUAUGUUUUGCGACGUCGAUGGAGCUCUCACGGCUUUGAUCGGCGCUACCAUUGAAGCUGCUGCUCCGGAUCCUCGUUGCCACCUUCCUUCCCUUUUUCCCCGUUGGAUUUUUGCCGAAUUCUUGAGCAACAGAGAUCGCCAGUGUUCGUUCGACCGGGAUCGAGCUCGGUAAAAACAUAAUCGACGAAAAAACGAAAGGAAACCGCCGCGGCAGCAACAUCGGCGCGGAGUCGGCCGUUUCGCGCGAUAUCACCGUUUCACCGGUUAACUUGUUCUUCGUUUCCCGCGCACACGCGUCGCGAGCAUUUUUACGCAUAUGUGCGCGUAUCCUUCGACGUUCGAGUAGCAAGUAUCAACCAUUGGAAAUUUGCAACCUGCGUUAAUUCAUCGAGCGGUUAGGAUCAAGCAUAGGAGCACGAAAAUGAUCAUCGUGAACAGCGUGUUGAUCCUGCUGGCGGUCAUGUCGAGAGUGGGAUGUCAACGGAACCCCAUUCCCAGAAGCGCCAGAGCGAGCAGAAACGAAGCGGCAUUGGAAUUCGAGUGCCCCGAGGAAUUCGGAUAUUACCCACAUCCGCGUGAUUGCACGCAGUAUUACGUUUGCGUAUUCGGCGGUGCUUUACUCGAAUCCUGCACAGGAGGAUUAAUGUACAGUCACGAGCUACAGACGUGCGAUUGGCCGCGUAACGUAGGUUGUCCCGAAGGUGGAUCUCCCAGUAAGGAAGCCGAAGAAGAUCCGUUGUUGGAAAGAUCAGCGAAAAUCGAGACCCUUCAGGAGCAGCAACAUCAGCAACAACGAUCGCAACAACAGAUCCGGGAACAGCAGCACCAGCACAGGCGUGAACAGCAACAGCAACAGCAGCUACAGGCGCAGCAACGUCCCGUUCAAAGACAACCGAUCGCUAUCACGACCACACCGUCUCCGGUAUCACCUCAGAUCGCCGAGAAGCAGAUUCGUCAGAGGCAACAGGCCAGGAACUAUCACGAGGACGAGUACGAGCCAGCGACGGAAGUGGAGAGCGAUAGGCAGCAACGUGUCUACAGAGGACAACCGUCGACGAUCGGCCAAGUUCAACGAGACAGGGAUGGUCUCAGAAGGAACGUGAUUUCGGAAAGGGAGAAGGACAGCCUGGUGAGCACGCGAGCCCAAACGGAAGCCCAUUACAGGACGCAAUUACCGUCGUCCGAGUCGCCAAGAGUCGCCAAGAUCCUAGCAUCCACCGUCGCCUCGGUCAUCCCCAAGUCGUACUACAACGAUCCAGACCAGAGUUAUCCUUACUACACCAUCUAUGACGACGACGUGUCCAUUUACAAAGACGAUGAUUACAAUCAAUACACCGUGAACCAAUCGGUGCCCGUUCAACCGAGCGUCAAGAUCAGCGAGGUGAAUACGAAGCAGUACCAGAAGCCAAAAAAAGUGGCGGUGAACGAAGCGGACAAGUACAAUCUGAAUCAAGACGUCACGGUGCAGGACUACGACAUCUACGAGAAUCAGGCUCAGCUGAACAAGAACAAGUUCCGCAUUACCGAAGGCCAAUCGUUCAGGCCGAACGUUCUCAGCCACCCUGUCCACGUGACGACUCCAAACGCCAUCGUGGACACGUUCAUCCCGCUGACGACCACCACGCAGCUUCCAACCACCACCAACAGGCCUUACACGGUCAAUGCACCCAGCCGAGGUCGUCCACAGCAAAUCCAUCGUGGCACAGCACCACCACGAUCGCGGCCGACUUUGAAACCAUCCACGGAGAUCGUGUCGAAAGCGCAGGAGUUCAUCGACAUCUACAGGUAUCCUCCUUCGAGGCCAGCGCCGAUUUAUCCGACUCCUCAGGUCGACAAACCGGCGGCCAAGUGUCGCAAGGACGUCUGCUUGCUUCCUGAUUGCAGCUGCGGCGGUGCGGACAUUCCAGGUGGAAUCCCGGUCGAACAGACGCCGCAGAUCGUUCUGCUGACGUUCGACGAUGCGGUGAACGAUCUGAACAGACCGUUGUACACCGAUCUGUUCGAGAACGGACGUAAGAAUCCGAACGGCUGUCCGAUAACGGCCACGUUCUAUGUUUCGCACGAGUGGACCGAUUAUAGCCAGGUGCAAAAUCUUUACGCGGAUGGCCACGAAAUGGCAUCGCACACGGUCUCGCACAGUUUCGGUGAGCAGUUCUCUCAUCGAAAGUGGGCGCGAGAAGUGGCCGGACAACGUGAAAUACUCUCGGCGUACGGAGGCGUCAAGCUGGAAGACGUCAGGGGAAUGAGGGCUCCUUUCUUAUCGGUCGGCGGAAACAACAUGUUCAAAAUGUUAUGGGACACGAACUUUACGUACGACUCAUCGAUGCCGAUAUACGAGAAUCGGCCACCAAGUUGGCCGUAUACCUUGGACUAUAAAUUGUUCCACGACUGUAUGAUUCCUCCCUGUCCUACAAGAUCUUAUCCAGGCUUGUGGGAAGUUCCUAUGGUGAUGUGGCAGGACUUGAACGGAGGUAGAUGUUCGAUGGGAGACGCGUGUAGCAACCCACCAACUGCCGAUGGUGUUUACAAGAUGCUCAUCAAGAAUUUCGAAAGACAUUACACGACGAACAGAGCGCCAUUUGGGUUGUUCUAUCACGCUGCCUGGUUCACGCAGCCUCAUCACAAGGAGGGCUUCAUUUCGUUCCUAGAUACCAUAGUCGCGAUGGACGACGUGUGGAUCGUAACGAACUGGCAGGCAAUUCAGUGGGUCAGAAAUCCUACGCCGUUGCCGCUGUUACACACGUUCGAACCCUUCGGAUGUAACUACCCGGAUCGGCCGAAGAAAUGUAACAACCCAAAGGUCUGCAAUCUGUGGCACAAAAGCGGAGUGAGAUACAUGAAGACGUGUCAGGCAUGUCCAGACAUCUAUCCAUGGACGGGCAAAACCGGGAUACGAAGCAGUCGUAUCGACAACGACGUCGACGCGCACGAAUGAAGGAGGAAAGAGGGAUCGGUGUUCCGUGCGAUCGAAGCCCACCCAGCCGAAGAAGAGUAGCAGACGCCAAUCCAACGGAGGAGACGAGACGUUCUUUUUUUUUUCUCUCUUUUUUUUUUUGUACACCGAUUCGAUUCAAAUCCCGUCCUUAUUUCUCCACUAGCCACGUCCAACGAAACUCGUCCAGGUCGAGUACGCCAACGAAAUCGACUCGAAAACCAUACCAGCACCAUCACCACCUUCUUCCUCUCUUUCCGUCAUCCGAGCAUCACAACGGUGAGUCCUCGACACAACAUAUAUAUCGUACAUAUAUACAGAGAAACAACGUCGUUCGAUUCACGUCAAGGGCUCGCACUCGUUUUUACCGAAACGAGCCCACUCUGCACGACGCGGUGAACGAACGCACGAUGGCCGAACAGUUUCCGAGCCUCUGCAAUUCCGAUUCCGAGCAAAAGACAAGGGAAAAUUCUAGCUACUACGCCGCACAGCGUGGCAACACCUGUCGUAUAUUAUAUUAAUAUACGUUGGUUGUAAAUUCGGUUCUAAUCGUUUUUCCAUUGCCUCUAGUAUAAUAGUUUCGUUUGACGAGUAUGUGAGAUCGGUGUGGCGUCUUCCUGUACGAAUUGCAAGGUUCUUUGAUUAAGCAAGAACAUUCGUAAUUCAUACGAUCGACUUAGCCGUGGUUGUACGUCAAAUAAGAUGCAUCGUCGUGCCAGAUAAUGGAAUCGCAAAGAUACUCGAGAAAAGAUCGGUCGAUACUUUGCGCUCGAAUCGAGGCAUCGACCGAUCAAUCGCGGUUGUCUCCUCUUCUUCUCCGCGUUGUCCUUCCUCUCAUUUUCUUGCCCUCUCUGUCUUCUCUCUUCGCCCGUGAUACGCCCUCUCUCUCCCCUCCCCCCCUUCGCUGACUCUUUCCCUAUCGUUUAGACUCUUCGAAGCUUGUAUCCUUGGCGUACUCGGCCAAAUCCGAUAGAUAAAUUAAUUAAUUACAAAGUAUCAAGUGCAUAUCGUUGGUGUGCAAACGCAGACGCAAAAAACUGGAAUCGCCAUCGGUCGCCAAUCGAGGUUUUUUUCCUAAAAAAAAAAAAAAAGAAAAAGAAAAAUCGAUCUGGAGGUUCAGCAGCACGCGGAAAGUCGCCUUGCGGACGAUAGAGAACAAGCGUUCACCGUGAACGAGGUUGUCGCGCGCACGAGGGGAUCGUCGUGUAUAUCUUUUAGAACCUGAAACUGUAAUACGCCUUUAAUCAAUAAACAAACUUUCGCUACAAUUCCUA